ACAUAACAACCUAACAUAACAUACCAAUCUUGACACUUAACUUGAAAUUAAUUAACAGUUAACUCUAAACAUCACUUCUUGGUUAUAUGAGUAAAUGCUACAUAUUGUCAUACAAGUCUUUAAGUUAUCUUUUAACGCAAGCUGGAGGGUCUUAUUGUUAGUUUCAUGUUAAUUACAAGAGUGUUAGUGUAGUAUGUCUAAAAGAGGUUAUGUUGUCUACUGUCUACUUGUUGAGACUAAUGAUGAAGACAACUGAUCAUGUCUAUGUGAGUUAAUUGCACCAAUACUUGGUAUACUUGAUUGAAAAGGGAAAUAAGAUCAAACCAUGGGUGUUACUGUUCUUCAACAAUUUCCAAUGACAGAGAGUCGCACAGGACCUCAAACAAUCGAGUUCUUGACAAAGAGAGUGUUGGCGUUGGGAGCUGUACAGAAUGGCCAGAUGUUAGUGGACUGUGAGACGUACAUGAGUGUUCCUCAGCUCGGACCGCAACGGACCAUACACGUACUGCACAACUCCGAACAGCCAGCAUCUGUUUUUUCUUUGCUAGAAACGGGUACAAAAACUAUCCCUCUCAUUGCAGAUCAACUUUUUGAUAUGCUGAUGCUUAAAAUAUCCCCGUUUUAUACAUCAAAAAAGCAAACAAAAAUAGAAUCAAAAGGACCAAGGUUUGAAUUGGGCGAUUUCUUGAUUAAGCUUGGAAGUGUUACUAUGUCUCAAAACUUUAAGGGAGUGUUAGUCGAGGUUGAGUACCGGCCCUGUGUAAUUCCUGCAAGCUGUUGGGAACUAAUGAGAGAGUUUUUGCAAGGUUUUCUAGGCUCUUGUGUUCAGAGUAUUCCUCCUCAGUAUUUUCAGAACCGCAUGAAUGAAGUCUAUCAACCAUUAGACACUAUACAUCAGUACCUUGAUCAUUUUACUAUGUAUAGGAAGACAACUAGUGUUAUGUCGUAUAAUUGAACUAUUUUGUGAAAAUGUCUAAAACUUGUGUGGAACAUCUUUGAGAUGGAAUAGGCUAUUUUGUAUCUAUACCUGUAUAUUUAAUAAAUGUGUCAAUUUUACAUA